AUGGAUUGGUUUCUGGCUUUGUUUUUGAUUCCUGUGCUGUAUGCUUUGGAAUUUGUUGAAAUACUGAUGUAUGUCCGCUUCUUCGCCUGCCGUAGAGAAAUUGGAGACGGCUCAUGGGACUCUUGGUUUAUGCCCCUACAGGAACAGGCUGAAGAAGUUUGUGAAGAAAAUGAAGAACACAGCAAGGGUUUCAACAUAGUUGGUCUCUCCCAGUUUGUUGAAAUACUGAUGUAUGUCCGCUUCUUCGCCUGCCGUAGAGAAAUUGGAGACGGCUCAUGGGACUCUUGGUUUAUGCCCCUACAGGAACAGGCUGAAGAAGUUUGUGACAAGGUGAAGAAAAUGAAAGAACACAGCAAGGGUUUCAACAUAGUUGGUCUCUCCCAGGUGAUCAAUGAGGAUUUGAUAUUUUCUAUUUUUUGCAGUGCAUUUGUAUUGCUACAUGCAUUGUAUAAAUGUUUUUCUUUACUAGUCAGGAGAACGUCUUUAGUGGCUGCAUAUACUGUACUAGAGGAAAAUUGCAAUUUUGAUAUCAAUAGAAAUGAAGAUAAAAUGAUUAAAGGAUAGGAGAAUGUGGCAUUGAUCAACCUCUAACAUUAUGGAUAAUUAUAUCCAGAAACUGUCAAGGCUAUAGCACUACUUAGUUUAGUGGGUUAAAAUAAUUAAACAAGCAUUUGGCAAAGUUUAACUCUUUUAAAUGUCGUUGCUGUGCUAGUAUGUGGCUCAAUACAAGGUUCAGAGAGGUAAUUCCAUAUGUUUUUCAUGUAUGGAAUUAUCACCAGCUCAAAUAGUCCAUCUCCCUUAUGUCUGUGAUUUGUUACCUUCUUUUGCUUUUUGAAGAGUUUUCCAUAUGGUUUUCAGUGCUCGAGGGAUAAUUAUCUUGGUGUGUAUUAUUGUUAAUAGAAGAUACAUUAGCCUGGUCAGUUAAUAGAAAAAUGCCAAAAUUCUCUGUUUAGGAUUUCAAAACCUUUAUUUCCUAAUAUUCCUUAUCCUUAACCCAAUUUUUUACUUUUAAGUCUACGAGGACAAACAGUUCAUGAUGAUCACACAAUAAAAUUUCAAUAAAAGAAACUGAUAAAAAUGUUUAAAUGUAGUAUAACAUGUAGUUGGUAAGUUCAAACACUUGUCGGUAAAGGUUUUUUCUUUUUUUCCUACUGUUUUGUAAUUUUCUUGAGGCCACAGAUUAACUUGAUGAUUUUAUUUUUUUAAUCAAAAUAUUUGAGGGCCCUCAAGAUGUUGCUAUCAAUAUGCAUUUACUGUACCACAACGUGAAAAUGCUUCAAAAUACAUUUUAGCAUAACCAAUAUAUGUUUUCUGUUCCUAACUUCACCUCUUAA